AUGUAGAUCCUCUCAUUUAUCAACAGACAUGAAAACCUUUCAAAAUGGUAACAAGAACAGAACAAAUUAAGAUAAACAAGCCAAUAACGUGAAAGAACCAAAACUCAAUCUAAUUACAGGGCCUUCAGUCUAAAUUAAAAAGCUCCUUCUAAUUCCAAAAGUCAACCUGAUUUGAUUGAUGACAAUGAAACCAUUUUCGUACCAUAUCGACAAAGAAACAUUUCCUAAAAUAGUAUCUCAAUUUCAUAUGAUAAUACUAAUAAAAAACAAAGCUUUUUGCCAGCUAUGAAUCACUAGGAUCCAAUGUUAUAAACCUUUGGAAAAUAAGUUAUCAUCCUCAAACCCAAGAGAUUCCCUACUGAGAUAUUUUAAGGAAAUGUGAGCAAGAUGAAGAAGCAAUUCUAAUAAAAUUAUUGA